UUAUUUUUUUUUUCGUUUUGUAUUAUUUUGUCUUUUUUGCUUUUCCCUUACAUUAAUAUAUUUAUACAUAUAUAUAUAUAUAUAUAUAUACAUAUAUUGAAUGCAAGCAAAUACUAAAGCCUCAAUAAAACAAAAUACUACUGCAAGCUUUAUCAAUAAUAAUAAGAGCAGUACUCAUGUUGCAUAUCAUAAAAAUGAACAAAGUUUAGAUUAUAUAAUUCGAUCAGGGCUUGCAGGAGGUUUAGCAGGCUGUAUGGGUAAGACGGUAAUUGCACCUCUCGAUCGGGUUAAAAUACUUUUUCAAGCUAGAAAUCCAUUAUUUGAAAAAUAUUCAGGCAGAUUCAGUGGUGUAUUUAAGGCAGGAAAAGAAAUAUUUAAAAGAGAUGGAAUAAAAGGAUUAUUUCAGGGACACUCGGUUACAUUGAUUAGAAUAUUUCCUUAUGCUUCUAUUAAGUUUGUUGCUUAUGAACAACUAAGAGCUAUUUUAAUACCUCCUAAUAAAAAUAGUAGUGCUCGACAAUUUAUAGCAGGUUCAUUAGCAGGUAUAACAUCUGUUAUAUUUACUUAUCCACUAGACCUUAUUAGAGUUAGAAUGGCUUAUGAUAACAAACCAAAAGCAAUUGAUAUUUGCAAAAUAAUAUAUAAUGAGCCUGCAGCAGCAAAACAUAUUCAGAUAUUGAACUUUUACCGAGGAUUUUUACCUACUGUAGCUGGUAUGACACCUUAUGCGGGUGUUUCGUUUUGGUUUUAUCAUAUUAUGACCCAAUUUUGUCGAUAUCAUCCCUAUGCUACAUCUUAUACACUCGUGCCUAAUGUUAAUAUGGAUGACCAAAAACCGCUACCACGGCUUAAAACCUGGGCUGAGCUAUUAUGUGGUGGUUUAGCAGGUUUAGUUGCUCAAACCAGCAGUUAUCCUUUAGAAGUAAUUCGUAGAAGAAUGCAAAUUAGUGGGUUAUUGAAGCCCGAUAGAUUUAUUAGUUUUAAAGAGACCGUAAAAGAUAUUUAUAAGUGAAAGGCUUUAGAGGAUUCUAUGUUGGAUUAACAAUUGGCUAUAUUAAAGUGAUACCUAUGGUAGCUAUUGGAUUUUUAACUUAUGAACGCAUGAAACAAUUAUUAGAUAUUUAAAUUAUGUACACUUGUAUACUUUCUUUUUAUUGUUAUUUAUUUUGUACAUAUAUCAUUUUACUUUACUUUAUCCUUUUUUUUUUAUAAAUAAAACUUGCCACUUU